CAGUCGUAGCUCGGAUAAGGAGCAAUUUCACCACAGUUCAUCUUGAGGACUGUAGUAGUGGGUUAUCUGGAGGCGGCGUUCCCUUCAGUGUGGGUGAGUGUGCUGCCCGGGUGUUUGUUUGGCUGACGAAGCCUAGUGUUUUUGGCCUCCUUUAAGCCCAGUGUUUUAGGCAUCAGUGGCUCAACCAAGAAAAAAAAAAACUUCAGUGUUGUCGACGAUCACCGCUCAGUCCUGGACGGUUCGAUGUGAGUUAUUUGCGGGAUCUGUGGAUGAUGCGCCGCACUGGACUCGAGAUUACGUAACACUGUUAUAACCCGCGUGCCAUCUGACCUCAACACAGUGCCUUCAUAGUGCCACCUACGGGCGAGAGAGACCGGAAAGAAAGUAAUGACCAGUGUCUCGACAUCCGUGCCUUGUGUGUGUGUUUAGGUUUUCGUAGUGUAACCGACCGGGCAUUCCGCCGUGCCUUUGACACUGUGUGAACUAGUUUUCCCUUCGAGCAAAACUUGAGAGCGAUUUCGAAUGUCCCCUCAUUUCCUUUGAUAGAUGUGGUAUCCUUAGUUUUCUAGAAUCAUUUCGAUCUGAAGAUUAAUUCUGGAUAUAAUUAAAUCAUUGUAGAUAUAAAGAAAAUAAUCAGAAAGAGAGAAAAAGAGAAAAAAAAAGGUUGUGACGAGGUUUGAGAAAUCGGAAAAUUACGUGUACGAGAGCACGUCUCUGCCAGACCCGUCCCCCUCCCCCCUCCCCUCGACCCCCGGAGGACCCCCACGAGCGACCCCAGCGCGCGAGAAGCCCUCGGGGUGGAGUUCUCAGCCAUGUUCCCGCCGGGCAGCGCGGGCGGGUACGGCCAGGAGGGCGGCCAGAACCUCCUCACGCCCUCCAUGUACUCGUCCCACGCCCACACACACAUGCUGCCCUACAACUCGUACUCGGCGCAGCUCGUGCAGCCGUCCACGCCCUCGCCGUCCAUGUGGCAGACGCCCCCGCACACGGCCCUCGCGCCCUCGGCCCCGCCCGCCGACCAGACCUUCUCCUCGCCCCUGGGAUUCAACAGCGGGCGUGAGGGCUACCUGCAGGGCGCGGGCUCCCAGGGCUUGCAGGCGCCCAUCAGCCCGUACCAAGCCUACGCCCAGAUGAACCACGGCAUGUGGCGCCACUACGACUCCAUGGGCCUCCAAGGGCAUCACCAAUUACCCCGGCAGCGAAUUUUGCGCCGAAAGUCGGGAGUGUGUAAACUGCGGCGCCGUGCAGACCCCGCUAUGGAGACGCGAUGCAACUGGUCACUAUUUAUGCAACGCCUGCGGUCUCUACACCAAGAUGAAUGGGAUUAAUAGGCCGCUCAUUAAGCAUUCUAGGAGAUUGGACGGUUUCUCCUUCCAAACCUCUGCGCGUCGAAUGGGCCUCAUGUGUUCCAACUGCGGGACAACCACGACCACUCUCUGGCGCAGAAAUAAUGAAGGCGAGCCCGUGUGCAACGCAUGCGGCCUCUACUACAAGUUGCACGGGAUCAACCGGCCGUUGCAGAUGCGGAAGGACUCGAUCCAGAGCCGCAAGAGGAAGCCGAAGAACAAGAAAACGGACGAGGCGCCGGAGGAGAAGGAGAAGGAGAAGAAGCCAGCAGCCGAGGAGCAGCCGGCAAAAGAGCCCGAACACCGCGCUCCCGAGCCCGCCACUGCCAUCUCCCCCCCAAAGCCCCCCCAGCAACCACAGCCUCCGCAAGCCAGCCAAUCAGCUGCCAUCCCCAGCACCAGUAGCCAAUCAAACGUCAAGAUCAAGCAGGAGAGCCAACCCCCUUUCACCGCGUUGCCGAGCCCCCCCUCCGGCCUGGUGACUCCGCCAAUCACACCGAGCCUCAACUGCACCUCGACCAAUGGCAUGUUCGGGCCGUACGCGUCGGGGACGUCCAAUUUCAAGCUAAUGAUAAGUUAGAGGAGAGGCGACCGCGAGGACAAGUGGAAAAAAAAUAGAGGGGGAAGGAAUAGGAGGGGAAAAAAAAAAUUGAGAGAGAGAGAGUUGAAAGAUCGGAACAUUGGAAGCAAGCGCGGGCGGGUAGGAGCAUGAGGAGGGUAAGAAGAGAAAAGAGAAGUGGAAGAAGGAUGAUGAUGAUGACUGGGGUGGGGAAAAAGAGGGGUGAAGAGAAGGAGGAUAAUAAGUGGGUCCUUUUUUGGGGAUGCCAUCGGAUGCGGGUGAAGGAAGCGGCCGCAAUCGGUCUGGCGUCGGGGGGAGGGGGGUCUGUCUCCCUUCCCCCCUUCCCCCCCCAAGCCCCGCUGAGACCCGACCCGGCCGCGGAACGCUCCCGCUGCGGCGCCUCGACUGUGAAUGCUCUUCUUCAAAGUGGCCAUAUAGAAAUAGAUAUAUAUAUAUACACAAAUACAUAUAUAUCGCCAGGUACUGCCGAACGCUCCGACGAGACGGAACUCGCAAAGGUGGGCGCGCCCGCGUCUCCGCACGCAGCGCCGCGUCGGCAGCGGUCGGCUCGGUCGGCCCUCCGGUCGGCCGAUGAGCGGUGCAGUCGGCAACGUUUGUGUGGAUGUUUGUGCCGAUUACCGACAGCCGACGACACCGCGGCCGGAGACUAGUGUACGGAGACUCGCCAUAGACCUGGAUCUGCACUAUGAACUACCUUUGAGAUUACUUUUUGAGGGAAGCCAUUUGACAAAAAGAGUAAAAAAAAAAAAAAAAAAAAAAAAAAAAAA